AUGGCGCGACGUAUUAUUCAUCAUCAGCAUCUUUCUAUCGGAUGUCUCAGCUGUGUGCUCGGAGUUCAGCAGGCCAUGAAGGCCCGUGUCUUGGCAGCACACCCAGAAGUGGUCGUCAAGGAGCUGCCCUACCAACCCGGCAUCGAAUUCGCCCUUCCCCACGGCACGGCCAACCCAAUCGUCAACGACGAUCCAGCAUGGAGGGACGUGGAGUUGGACGCGCGCAAGAUCAACGGCACGAAGGAGGUCAAGAAGGCGAGGGGUGCGGGGGUCUCGACCGAGACCAACGGUCCACGCAGUGAGCACGUGCGCUAA